AACUAACAACAUAACACUCUAACAGUCCUCCCCUCCGAAAUUAAUAAUGUAAAUACAUGUGAUCGUUAUACUAACAUUAAUCUACUAACUUUUGUUUGUGUUGUCUUGUUUCAGAAUAUUCAUUCUCUGACUGAAAUACAUCAAUCCGUAAACAAGGCUAAAUAAAAUACCAUGCAAUCUCCAACACAUGUUAUUGGCGGAAUUGACAGUGUUAGUCACACACAGUCAGAGAGCCACAAAAACAAAAAUUGAAUUGAAUUGAAAAUUAAAAAUAAAUUAGUUCUCAGUGGGAUAUGGAUAAACUGAUAAUAUUUUGCAGAUAACAGGACUGAAACUUUCAGUCAUUUCUUACUAUUGACGGAUCGUGGAAAUUACAAUAUAAAGCCUGUUAUAAAAAUAGUGAAAAUAAAAUGUUUGCCAAAUAUUUAUAUUUUCUUCUAGUCUGGCCCUACUUUGUAGCCCCUAAUGAAAGCAAUAUUUAUGAAUAUGAUGCUGAUUCGUUUAGAACACAAGUUAAAGAAAUGGAUGGAAACUUCAUAAUGUUUUAUGCACCAUGGUCUAAAUCAUGCCAAAAGUUUAUGCCUAUAUGGGAAGAGCUGGCAGAACUGAUUAACACGAAAGAUUCUAAUUUUAAUAUUGCCCAAGUGGACUGUACUUUACACACUAAUUUGUGCAAUGAAAAUGAUGUUACAGGCUAUCCUACUCUACUAUAUUUCCACAAAAACACAUUUGAGCCUAUUGAGUACAAGGGCACGAGGGACCUAGCCUCGCUCACUCUGUUCCUCAGUGAAGUCUUCACCAUGAAAACUGAGGGCCCGCAGUCAGUCAAAAACACAGAUGAGGUCAAAAUAUACAGUGGAGUGGCAUACUUGAAUGAUUACAAUGUGGAGAAAUUCCUGUCAUCUGGACAACACUUUGUCAUGUUCUACACAUCCUGGUGCAAAGCAUCACAGAAAUUAGCUCCAAUCUGGUCUGACCUAGCGGUGCAGUACUCACACAAUGACUAUGUCCAGAUUGGCAAGAUCAACUGCAUGGAGAGCCAGAUCACUUGCAACAAUUUUGAUCUCAAACAGUAUCCUUACUUGAUGUGGAUCGUCAGCGGUAGGAUUAUGGGCAUAGCACACGAAGAUACCUUGGAAGGUCUGAAGAGUUACGUGGACAAGAUGCUGUUGACAGAGAACCACGAUCCAGACAAGUUCAUGAAGAAAAAGAAGGCUCUCCCAGUGGCCAGGAUCACGGAGGAAACAUACGAAACCUUCUUUGACAAGGACAUCGUGUUCAUCAACUAUUUCGCACCAUGGUGUGCGCACUGUAUGCAGCUGAGCCCGCUGUGGGCGCAGCUCGGGGAGCGGUUCGAGAACGAGAGCCGCGUGCUGGUGGCCGACGUGGACUGCGCCGCGUCGCGCCCCGUUUGUGAGCUGGAGAAGAUAAGUGGAUUACCAACUCUAGUGCUUUACAAGCACAAAACGAUUGUCAGUGUUGAGCAUGGAGGCAAGCCUCUGGACAGUCUAGUUGCGAUGGUCCAGGACCAGUUGGAUAUCCUCGCAGGUAUCAAGAAAGAAGUUGUAACUACAAAUUCCAGUGAAGAGUCCACUCCAUCUAUUCACGGAGGGGACCAUAGCACAGCCACAACCAAAGAUGAAUUAUGAUUUAUAUUGUAGAUAGACCAAUAAACAAAUUGAACUUUAAAAAAUAA